AUUGGCCUGUUUGUUUACAAGUAUUUCGAGCGGUGAUUCAUUAUCAUUUGUCUGAUACAAGUCAUUUCACGCCUUGCACUGUUUUUAAUAUGAAAAGAACUUCUUCAUUUGCGAAGAGAGAAGCAUUAGAAUAUUAAUAAAAAAAUGUCGAAAAUAUAUUUAUUACCAGUGUCUUGCUUUCUUUUGUUUCAAACAACUUUUAUCGGAACAUAUAUUGCAUCGAUUGUGCAAAAUCAUGUUGUUCCAGACGUUCCUUACAUAUCUGAUGCAGCAACGUAUAGUCCUGAAAGUUGUAUUUUUGGACAGCUAAUCAAUACUGGUUGUGUUUUGCUUGGACUUACAAUCUAUACCAGAUAUCGACAAAUCAUUCAUGUGAUGGAACAUCAUGAAGUUCUAAAAGGAAUUAUAGGAAAUUUAAACAAGAAAAGUCUUUACAUUGGACUAGCUUCAUGCUACGGGAUCUCAAUCGUUGCAAACUUUCAAGAGACAAAUGUACGCAUAAUGCAUUAUGUUGGUGCAUUUACUUGUUUUGGCAUGGGGACACUUUACUUUUGGAUACAAUCAUUGAUCUCUUACCGUUUAGAGCCAUUUAUUACAUUGAAGAAAGCUUUGUAUCGAAUGAUCUUAUCGGUUUUCUGUCUUAUUUUCUUCUUGAUUGUUGCUAUUUGUGGAGUUAUUUCUCACAUACUCUUUGAAGGAAGUGAUCCUCGACAUUGGUAUCCUUCAGAUGGCGGAUGGAGGUUCCAUGUAGCUUCUUCUGUUAGUGAAUGGAUUGUUGCGACUAUUUUCUCCUUUUAUAUUUUAACAUUUACUGACGAGUUUAGGUAUAUAAAAUUUGAUCAUCCUGAGGUAAGUGUUAAUGCGUAUUUUUUUCAACAAUAAAUAUGGCUUCAUAUACUCCUCGCCUCUAGAUUUCUUUUAUCAUUAUCGAAGAAACUGAAGAAAAUGUGGUAUUAGUGCAAGAUGUUGAAGAAUGAAGACAAUAACAAGUUUAAUUACGCUCCCAAUCUCAUAUGACUUCUACUUUUUAAUUUAUAUACUUUUUUGAAUUUGGUUUAUGUUUUGAUUGAUUAGAGUUUCUGUGAAGUAAUAAAAGUUUAGCUCUUAAAAAAGAAAGUUUCACUUUAAUUUUAAUUAAACUUGUUUCAUGAUUUUUAACGGAAAUCAAAUGUGGGCAUUUCAUGUUUUGAGCAAAUGAGAGAAAGAGACAAAUUCUUUCGCAAUUUAACGAACGAAAGAGAUAGAAAGAAAACAAAUUAAAUUCGUGAACGAUGUUUGAUCUUAAAAAAAUUGUAUUCCUAGUAAUUCUACUACCAAUUGCAUUAGAAUCUGCUACAGAUUGUACAAAACUUAGAAUUGGUCAGUUUCUAUGUCCAGAUCCUGACAACAACUAUAAGUUUAUUGAUGAGAAAACACAAAGUGUAGUAGGUUGCACAAGGGAAGGAAAAGCUAUCGUAAGAUGUCUUGCUUCGGAAGGUAUUGUAUGCUCUGAGACUGGCAACAAUACUUUUUAUGCACCCAUUCCCUGUGACUACACAAAUGGAAAACAUUUCGAUGUUGCUUUAAUUCUGUCAAUUUUUCUUGGAAUGUUUGGCAUCGAUCGAUUUUAUUUAGGCUACUAUGGAAUUGGAUGUUUUAAACUUUUCACUCUUGGCUUUAUGUUUUUGGGUCAACUUAUUGAUGUGAUUUUGAUAGCAACACAAAUCGUUGGACCAGCUGAUGGAUCUAAAUACAUCAUUCCAUUUUAUGGCCCAAAGCUGACCAUUGUACAAAGUGACAAUUUCACUUAUCGACUUCCGCAAUGGUACGAUGUCUAA